AUGAAAUUUCUAGCUUUUUUAUUCAUUUACUUCAAUUUUUUUUCAAUUGUACUAGCAUUAGACACCAUAACUAUUGAUAAACCAAUUAAAGAUGGUGACACAAUUGUUUCAUCAGGUGGUGUUUAUGAACUUGGAUUUUUCAGGCCUGGAAAUUCGACGAAUCGAUAUGUUGGUAUAUGGUACAAAAAAAUAUCAACUGGAACUGUGGUUUGGGUUGCUAAUAGAAAUAAUCCGAUGAGUGAUAGUUCAGGUGUGUUGAUGAUCAAUCCUGAUGGAAUGUUAGUACUUGUUGAUAGUACUAACGUGACGAUUUGGUCAACGAAUUCAUCAACGAUCUUGAAGAAUCCAAUAGUAAGAUUGUUGGAUUCAGGUAAUCUUGUCAUCAGGGAAGAAAAUGAAAACAGGCCUGAGUUUUUCGCCUGGCAGAGUUUCGAUUAUCCAGGGGAUACUCUGUUACCUGGAAUGAAGCUCGGGCGGAACUUGGUAACAGGCAUGGAUUGGUACAUGUCGUCGUGGAAGAGUCCUGAUGAUCCUGGAAUAGGUGAAUUUGUUGACAGGAUGGAUGUUCAGGGGUAUCCACAGUUAUUUGUAUGGAAAGAUUCAUCAAUAGCAUUUAGUUCAGGUCCCUGGAAUGGUUUAGCAUUUAGUGGGAGUCCUAGUUUGCAACCGAAUACGUAUUUUACGUUCGGUUUUGUACUGAAUCAGGAGGAAGUAUAUUACAGAUAUGAUCUUAAGAAUGGAUCAAUGCUCACCAGGGUGGUACUAACCCCUGGAGGAUUGAUAAAUCACUAUACCUGGAUCGAUCGUACGCAGAGUUGGUUCCUUUAUUUGACAGCACAGUUUGAUAACUGUGAUCGUUUCGCGUUGUGUGGUCCUUAUGCAAGAUGUGUUAUUAACAACUCGCCCCCGUGUGACUGUCUGAGGGGUUUCGUGCCUAAGUAUCCACAGGAAUGGGAUGCAGCUGACUGGUCUAGUGGAUGUGUUAGGAGGACUCCGUUGGCGUGUCAGCAAGAUGGAUUUAGGAAGUUUACAGGGAUUAAAGUGCCUGAUACGCGGAAAUCAUGGUUUAAUGAGAGCAUUGGACUUGAGGAAUGCAGAAAGUUGUGCUUGGCUGAUUGUAAUUGUACAGCCUACUCAAAUAUGGAUGUUCGAGAUGGUGGAAGUGGAUGCUUACUCUGGUCCGGAGACCUCAUCGAUAUCAGAGAACUUAGUCCAAAUCAGCAGGACCUGUUUGUAAGAGUGGCUGCUUCAGAAGUAGAUCAAGACAAGAAACGAAAGAAAAAGAAGUCAAGGCUGACUGCAAUCGUAUCAGCAGUAGCCGCGACUUGUAUCCUCAGCCUUCUAGCUUGGUGUGCAUUAUUCCACAGAAGAAAAAGGACUAAAGGUAGGGAAGUUGGAGCAGACGAUAUGGAGUUACCAUUGUUCGAUUUAGUUACUGUUGCUAACGCCACUAAGAACUUCUCUUCUGCUAAUAUUAUUGGAGAAGGUGGCUUUGGGCCUGUUUAUAAGGGGAAAGUACGAAAUGGACCUGAGAUAGCGGUGAAGAGGCUCUCGGAAUACUCAGGACAAGGUCUUCAAGAGUUGAAAAAUGAACUGAUACUGAUAUCCAAACUACAACACAGGAAUCUUGUCAAGCUUUUAGGUUGUUGCCUUGAAGGAGAAGAGAGGAUGCUGAUAUAUGAGUAUAUGCCAAACAAUAGCUUGGACUAUUUCAUUUUUGAUCCAAACAGAAAAGAAUCACUUUCUUGGAGCAAUCGUUAUGAAAUCGCGAUGGGAAUAUCUCGAGGCCUUCUCUAUCUGCAUCAGGAUUCGAGAUUAAGAAUUAUACACAGGGACCUGAAGGCCAGCAACAUAUUGUUGGAUACUGACUUGAAUCCAAGGAUUUCUGACUUUGGUCUAGCUAAAAUAUUUGGCGCGGACCAAAUGGAAGGUAAAACAAGGAGAGUAAUCGGAACAUACGGAUACAUGUCUCCGGAGUAUGCUGUCGAUGGGAAAUAUUCAGUGAAAUCUGAUGUCUUCAGCCUUGGCGUGCUUUUACUCGAAAUUGUCAGUGGUAGAAAGAACAGGAAGUUUCAUCAUUUGAGUCAUCAUCAUAAUCUUUUGGGACAUGCAUGGUUACUAUUGAAUGAAGGCAAUGCAUUGGAACUAAUGGAUGAAUGUUUAAAAGACUCAUAUGUUGAAUCACAAGUGUUGAGAUGUAUUCAAGUAAGUUUAUUGUGUGUACAAAAACUCCCAGAAGAUAGACCUACAAUGGCAUCAGUAGUUUUCUGGUUAAGCAAUGAUGGUGUGGAAUUGCCUCAACCAAAGCAGCCUGGUUUCUUCAUAGAGAGGGAUUCAACUAAUCAAUCAAAUGAAUCAACUGAUGAAAGAUGUGUUACUGACAAUGAACUUUCACUAACAAUUCUUGAGGCAAGAUAGACAAAAUAUAAACUCGCAAGGUCGUGUGACCAGGAGGUCAAGGGUUCAAGUCACGACAAUAGGCUCUUGCCGGGGGUUUGGAGCAAUAGCAAGAGUUUCAGUCAUGCGACCAGGAGGUCAUGAAUUCAAAACGUGGAAAUAGGAAAAGCAAGGUGAGAUUGCGUACAAUAUAUAGACUGAAUAUGGUUCGACCAAUCUUAAGAUUCCACGCAUAACAGGAGCUUAGUACACCAAAUUGUCGUUUUUUGUUUAGUCAUUCUUUAUACAUUGUAAUGUACAUAAGGAAUUGGCCUAUUCAAGGAGUUGGAACAUUGGGUUUAUCUAGUGCAUUUUUUA